AUGCUUUCUAUACGUCAAUUUUCACAUGUCAUUUUACGACGUUUAUAUUCACCCAUCGUAAUUCGUUAUCAAUCAACUACAACUACGGAUUUAAUUAAAACUUCAUCAACAGAUAUUGAACAAAAACCAAUUCAUGAUUAUACACCAUGGGCAACAUCCGAAACAAAUCGAUUAAUUGAUUAUUUAUCAGCUCGAAUUAAAGCUGCAGGACCUAUAACUAUAGCUGAUUUUAUGCAUGAAGCAUUAUUAAAUCCAAAAUAUGGUUAUAACACGCGACAUGAAGUAUAUGGUAAAAAAGGUGAUUUAAUCACGACAUCUGAAACUACUCAAUUGUUUGCUGAAUUAUUAGCUACAUGGGUUAUAAAUGAACAUUCAACAAUAGGAGGAAAUGUUUUACAAUUAGUUGAUAUGGGACCUGGAAGAGGUAUACUACUGAAUCAUAUUAUUAAAAUAUUAAAACAACGAAAAUAUUCUGAUUCGUAUACAUUUUUUGCUAUAUAUGAAAUGAAUCCAUUAAUGCGAAGACGUCAAGCUGAAACAUUACUUGGACGAUCGUUUAAUCCAUUAAUAGCAAAUGAUUAUCGAGUAAAAGAUGGUAAUUAUUCUCUUAUAUGGUUUGAUGAUAUGAAACAAUUACUUUCGAAUAAUACAUAUUUUAUUGCAAAUGAAUUUUUUAAUGUUUAUCCAAUACAUAAAUUUCAAAAAACACCGCAAGGUUGGAAAGAAGUGAUGGUUGAUUGGAAUCCAUUAACAAAACAGCUUCAUUAUGUUCUAUCGUUAAAGGCAACAACUAUGAGUCGACUUUAUGAAAAUUUUCUUAAGAAUAUUAAAGAUAGACAACAUAUAGAAAUUAGUCCACAACGAGCAGCAAUGGUACAAACUAUAUGUAGACAUUUAACAAAGUAUGGUGGUUCACUUUUAAUAGGUGAUUAUGGUCAUUGGGGUGAAAAAAGUGAUACAUUUCGUGCUUUUCGUAAAGAUGAAUUGAUCGAUCCACUUUCGGAUCCAGGUAAUGCUGAUAUCAUAGCAGAUGUUGAUUUUGAAGAAUUAUCAACACGUGGUAUGGAAAUACCAAAUGUUCAAUUCUUCGGACCAAUUUCUCAACGAAAUUUUUUGUAUAAUUUAGGUUUAGAUAAACGAUUAACGGAUAUCAUACAAGAUAAAACACCUGAAGAACAAGAAGAUAUUUUAAGCGAUGUGGAAAAAUUAAUGCCUGGACAUUUUGUUAACGAUAUUCAUUCAUGUGUAGAUGAUUCACUUAUUGGUUAUGUUCGUACACAUAGUCAUUUAGAAUUAGCUGGACGAGCAGUUAUUUCACGAGCUCCAUUACCAUCAGUUGCUAUUAUUAGUGGAAAUGGAUCAGGUCAUGAACCAGCAAUGGUUGGAUUUGUUGGCCGAGGAUUAUUAAGUGCAGCUAUAUCAGGAUCAAUAUUCGCAUCACCGCCAUCAUCAGAUAUAUUUCGUCUUAUUGUGGAAUUAAAACGUCGUGGUGCUAAACAAAUACUUUUAAUUAUUCUUAAUUAUACAGGUGAUCGACUUAAUUUUGGUUUAGCUAUGGAACGUGCUAGAGAAUUAGCCAUUGAUAUUGAUAUGUUAGUUAUUGCCGAUGAUGCUGUAGUUAAUAAUUCUAUUGGACCUCGAGGUUUAGCUGGAUCAUUAUUAGUUAUUAAAGUUGCUGGUGAAUUAGCUGAACAAGGUAAAAAUAUGAGUGAAAUUGUUGAUAUUUGUCAAAAAGUUCGAGGUCAUUUACGUACAAUUGGACUAUCUGCUUCUGGUAUCCGUGCACCAGGUCAACAUCAAUCAUUUGAAUUAAUGGAUGAUGAAAUGGAACUUGGUAUGGGUAUACAUGGUGAAAGUGGAGUACAAAAAUUAAAAUUAUUACCAUCACGACAAGCAAUCGAUUUAGCAUUAAAUCAAUUAUUUAUUGGUCCAAGUACAUUACAUCUUGAACCAGAAAAUAAUGUACUUCUAUUUGUUAAUAAUCUUGGUGGUUGUUCCAAUCUUGAAUUGGGUAUUAUUGUUAAAGAUGCUAUUGAAAAUUUAGAACGUCGAAAAUUACAUGUUAAACGUGUUAUUUGUGGAGAAAUGAUGACAUCAUUUAAUAUGAAAGGUUUUUCAUUAACUGUACUUAAAAUAUCAUCGGAUAUGGGUACAACAGUUUUGGAGUUACUUGAUGCGCCUACAGAUGCUUUUGCUUGGCCAAAAACAAUUAGUGCAACACAAUCAUCUAAUAGUAUUCAAGCUUUAUCAGAUUCUUUAGAAUUUAAUGAUCAAUUUAGUUCACAACUUGUUAUAAAUGAAUCGUAUAUAUCCUUUGAUUCAUCUACUGCUGAAUUAGUUCAUCAAGCUCUUCAAGCAGUUGCAAAAAAACUGUAUGCUGAAGCAGAUAAACUUAAUCGAUUAGAUGCUGUUUCAGGUGAUGGUGAUACAGGUACAGCAUUUACUCGAGCAGCUGAUGCAAUAGCUCGUGAUCUUGUUAAUGGAAAAUUAUCUCUCGAUCGACCAUCAUCACUUUUUCGUCGUCUUGGCCUUAUUGCUGAAAGUCGAAUGGGUGGAACAUGUGGAGCAAUAUGUGGAUUAUUUUUUGCAGCUGUAGCUAAACAUUUAUCAUUAGCAAAGCAAACAACAAAAUUAAUUGAAAAUCUUAGUGAUGCAUUUGAAGCUGGGAUACAAUCAGUUGAAUCUUAUGCACGUGUACAGCCAGGUGAUAAAAGUUUAUUAGAUGCACUUAUUCCAGCUGUUGAUUAUAUUAAAUCAAAACGUACACAUCAAACAUUUACAACUAAUGAUUGGAAAGAAUUAGCAGUUGUUGCAGAACAUGCUGCACAAGAAACGAAAAAUUAUAUAGCUAAAGUUGGUCGAGCUUCAUAUACAAAAGCCAAUGAUAAUAAUGUACCUGAUCCUGGUGCUUCUGCUAUUGCCAUUAUUCUUCAAGCCAUUAGCGAUACAUUUGCUAAAACAUCUACUCAUUAA